AUGGUUUUUAUAAAUUUGACGUGGAAUGACCCUAAUAUUAAAGUAUUAAGUAGAAAACCAGUUGAAGCUUUAGUUUCAGAUAUGUUAAACCCUAGUAAAAUUGACAGUGCUUCAACCAGAUACGGUUUAAAAAUGGAAACUCAUGCCAAAGAUAAAUACCAAGAAUUGACAAAUUGUAUUGUUAAACGUGUUGGAGUGUUGGUCAGCAAAUUUCAGCCUUGGCUUUGUGCAAGCCUGGAUGGCGUUGUCACUGAUGAUGGCUCUAUUUCAAAAAUUGUAGAAUUCAAAUGUCCAAGUUCCUGCGAGAAGAAACCAAUAAUUAAUACCGUUGAUAACUCAAGUAAUAUUAAGUAUUUACAACUUAUUGAUAAUAAGUUACAACUGAAGAAGACUGAUCUUUAUUAUACACAAGUUCAAGUUCAAAUGUAUGUCAGUGGAAUGAGCGUUUGUGAUUUCUUUGUCUAUUCACCUGUUGAAGAUGGCAGUUUUUUGAUUGAAGUUCAUAGAGACGAAGAUUUUUUAAAAACUGUGAUUUUAAAAAGCGAACAAUUCUAUUUUCAACAUUAUUUACCUGCUUUAUACGCGACCUUAACUAUUGAAGAUAGUGAUAAAGAAAAUAAUUAUAACAAUUGUGAUAAUACUGAUAACUUAGAUAGUAAUGAGGAAAAUGAUAUUACAAUGGAGAAACUAAGCUGUACUGAAAGUGAUAUUGAGAAUAUUUUUAAAUAA